AUGGCAACGAUUGAAGAAAUACGAAAUGAGUUAAAUGAUGCAAAAGAAAGAUUAGGUGAGGCAACGGAGAAGUUAAAGAAGUGGAAGGAGGGGAAGUACAAAGGAAAAAAGUUGGAAGAGUGGGAGAUAGAGUUGAUUGAGGAAAACUUGAGUGAAGCAAAGAAGACGGAGUUGAAAGAACGAAUGGAAAGAUUGUACGAAGAAAAAGGAAAGUUGGAAGAAAAGGAAGGUUUUUGGAGAGGACGAGUUGGAAAGUUGCAGGAUGCAUUGGUGAAAUUCGAUGGAGGAGAGGAAGAAAAAAACCAUUUGAAAGAUGAUAAAGCGGAUGAAAAGAUGGAUAUAUCAUCUGAUAUUGACUUUACCAAACCUAAAGAAGCUUUUUCUAUCAAUUUUCAGGAUAAACAACAAAUAGUCAAAGAUUUUCUCAAUUAUGCUGAAUUUUGUCAUGAACAAGCUUCCUACAUGAGUGACUAUGUUCCCUACAUUGCCAUAGUCCAGUCCUCUGGUUAUGGAAAAUCAAGGCUUAUCAAGGAGAUUGCAAGGGAAAUUCACACAUUAUAUUUGAAUUUAGGCAUAGGUCAAGAUUGUUUUCCACGUCCAACUGAAUGUGCAGAGCAAAUUAUAUCUAGCUUUCAAUCUUCAAGCGAUCCAACAGUUUGGUUUAACAAUUUACUGGAAAAAGCAAUGUUUUUGAUAAAAGAAAAAAGUAUGUCUCCAAGUGAGUUAUGGAGACAACAAGAAGAUGGUGGAAGGAUUUUUUGGAAAGAUGUAUUGGUAGCUGCUGAUAGAAAUGAACCCAUUGGCCGAUUUAAAUCAGAAAAAAAAACUAAGUCGUCAAAUCUACAUUUGGAACAACUUGGAAAUGAUAAAUACAACAUUAAAAUCUUAUUUUGCAUUGACGAAGGAAGAAAACUAAUAGAGAUAUUGCACAAUAAUUGGAACAUAUCUUUAUUUCAGUGUUGGAGGCGUGCACUUCAGAACAGUUCAUGGAGAAGUUGUGGUGUCUUUUCUGUUAUAUUAGAUACUACAUCCCGUGUCUCAAAUUUUGCACCAUCUAAAAAGGAUGACCCAACCUUGAAAACACUUUUAACUUACUAUAUAUUUCCACCAUUUAUUGACAUCUGUACUUUUAAUUCUUUAGCCAUUGAUGAAGGAGAUCCUUAUGAUAUUACAUUUUCCAGAGGAAGACCAUUUUGGAAAGCGAUGAAAGAUGUAUAUUUUGAAGAAAGAUCUACAAUAGAUGCUUGGCGCAACGUCAUAACACUUGCUAGAGUAAAGCUACAAGGUGGUGGUUCAGUAAACCGGAAUCUUGAUGUUAACGUUAGGAAGAAAAAUCUCAUAACAAUGGCAGUCAUUGCCUCCUUGUGCUCCAUCGAUAUUUCUCCACAAGAACAUUUUGCUGGAGACCUCGUUGCUAGCCAUCUCGGCACUUGUAUCGGAAUCUCUACAGACAGAACAAGAAUUCUGGUUUCUUAUCCUCCGGAACCAGUGAUCUCUGAAGCAGCACUUCAACUCUUGGAAAAGGACCUGUUGACAGAUUUUGCAGAAACCCUUAAACAGGGGAUUGUAGAGCCAGGAAAGCGUGGAGAACUUGUUGGCGAAUUGAUCCUUCUGUUAACACGAAAGCAAGUAAAACAAAGAGAAAGGAAAAACUUUUAUAUGGAUAGUGUUAGCUUGACAGGUUUUUUAGAAGAGCUGCUUGUUGAGAACAUUGUGUUGAAAGAAGAGAUCGAUGAACACAAGUAUUUUAAAACUGCUGAAAUUUCUUUCACAAGAUUUGUCACUAUUGGAAGAGUACCAUCUUAUUAUGACCUUAUUGAAGCCUUCAAGACUUGUGUAGCGUUCAAUUUGAAACGCAACCACAAAGGAGCUGAUAUCUUAAUUCCAGUCAAAGUCGGAACUCAAUAUACAGUUUGGCUUAUUCAAAUCAAAAAUCAUAACCGACCCUAUGGUGAUUCCAAUAUUCAAAUUGGUGCUCACAAAUUGGAAAUUCGAGAGGCAAAUUGGGGUGUUGGGACACGUUUAACUCCAGAUGAAAAACCACGAACGCAUUAUAUAGUCUUUGGUCUUAAUUCCUUCAAACAAGGGAAAAGCUGUAACAAUGAACUUUGCUCACUUCUUGUUGCAUACAUUGAUCCACAUCAUAAAAUUUGGUCAGAAAGGGUGCUUGAUACCAGUAAGUCAGACAAAACAUGGUGUCGUGAUAGACAAAUUCAAUCAUUUUUACCUUGGGAAGGAUUUAAAUAA